CAAAGUGCUUCUUCGAACAGGUUUUCAAUUCAAAUUUCGUUAUUCGUACAAUUAGUCCGAAACGAUUGUUGGUCCGCAACAUUUUCGACACCAAUCGUUUGAACUGUGACAAUUUCUUCAUUUCCUCCAAGAACAUAACAUACAUCAGGGAAGUAUUUCAACAGAGGCAGGACGAGAAGCGGUUUUGGCCAUUUUCCCAGAUCUAUCUUGAUGUACCUGAGACAGAAUUCGACAACGCUACCAUUGACUUUAUCCAUAGGAACGCGUUAAAUGUUUUUCUAAUGGAAAGAGUUGUAAACAGCAUGGAUAAUGGGCCGUUCAGUUUCAAGAGCAUGUUGAAUGUUCUGACUAAAAAACGUUUUCUGUUCACAUCGAAUCUAUCCGAUGCUGUGGCAUAUUUCGGUGUAUACAAAGAUCAUCCACUUUUGAGUAUCAGAAGUAGCAGCAAAACAUUCCGUGUCAGUUUGUUCAACUGUCCGCCAUACGUGAUCUACCUACCAGGAAACAACUUAUUCGAUGGACUUGAAUUUCGAAUUUUGUCUGAGAUUACUCAUCCAUGGACUAUUCAGCCUACGAAGUGUGAUAUAUCUCAGACAAUAAGCGACCCAUGGUCAACAGUCUUGAAAAAUGUUAAUAAUGGCACAACUGACUUAGCAAUGUGCUCUGUCUGGUUAAAUUUGAAGUCUAACGAUUUCUAUGACGCCACCAAUUAUAUUGACUAUCAGUGUGGAACGUUUCUGGUGCCUAAGCCAACACUGGUCAAUCCAGCAGCCUAUCUGUAUAUGUCGUUAAGCAGAAAUGUUUGGAUGGCUUUUUUAUUCAGCUUUAUUUCAACAUCGAUAAUUAUGACGUUAACGGCCAGAACUGGAAAACGAUUUUUAAAAAAGUCGUGGAACGAUAAACUUUAUAUUGACUUUAGUCGAUCAUUUCUGGAUUCAAUGAAUGUGGCUACGUUGCAUGGGAUAGAAAAAUUUCCAAAACAGGACUCAAUUAAAUCGUUGUUUACCAGUUGGAUCAUUCUCAGUUUAAUAAUGGGAGUUGCAUACACCACCGGAUAUACAUCAUUUCUAACACGUCCAAUAUCGACAAAACCAGUCGAUAGUUUGGUUGAUUUUCUGCAAAAUGGAAUGUACUGGUCCGUAGUUUCCGGUCCAAAUUCUUUAGCUCCGACAUUGAAGGCUACUGGUGUGACGAAUCUCGUUAGAUUAUCACAACGGACAAUUGACAAAAAUAACGCGACCAUGGAUGACAGUAGCAAUGAAAGGAAUGCGCUUUUCGUAAAAAUCAUCACGAAUCGCUUCAUUACGGAUGUAAAUGAGAAUACCGAUCCCACAUACUCGCUACGAAUUAUGAAGAGUUGUUUUUUGAACUACUAUUCGGUGGUUGCUUUUAAGAAGUAUUCCGGCUACACCAAAUAUUUUAAUGAGAAAAUUCGAGCAUAUGCUGAGUUUGGACUCACAGAACGUUGGGCACUGAAUAUAAAGGGAGUGAAGAACAACUACAUGAAACCAUACUUUCUGAGUGACGGCAAAAGUACUGAUGGUCCAAUUCGAUUAUCGGUAACAACAUUAACAGGAGCAUUUACAUUACUUUGGGUUGGACUAGUUCUAGCCACAGUUGUAUUCAUGACUGAACGACUGUUGCGCGCGUUCUACUCAAAUAGAAAGCUAUUGAAGCGGAAUUAAUGUCUUUGCCUACAAUUAAACACUUUCCUUUCUGCUUAAAUUCAUUGUGUGUGGUAA